CCCUGCGAGAAGGCUCAGUGCUACAGAACUCUGCUCCAGCCUCUUGGCCCUUUAUAUGGCAGUGCACUUCACUUCUUCUCCAGUCUCUGCUUCAGAAGUCCACCAGGCGUCAGCCAUGAGGAUCCUUCAUUUCCUCUUCUCCAUCCUCCUCAUAUUCUUACUGACGCUGGCAGGUUUUUCUAAUGCUGUAAACAAUCCUGUCAGUUGCUACAAAAGUGGAGGUGCGUGCACGUUGAAAUGUGGUACCCAUCAGAAAAACAUCGGCACCUGUGGUUUCCCCUUCACCAAAUGCUGUAAAUGAGAGCACAGAAGCUGAGAGGCUGCCUGGACAAAUGUGGAGCCAGGAACUUCCCCUGAACAAGGAUCUGUCAGAUUAAACCAUUUUGUUGAAAUAA